AUGGCUCCGUACAACAAACGGAUGGCGCAUUAUCUAGCCCGCCUUAACAGCUUCAACCAUGUCAAGCAAUGGCAGUUCACCACUCAAACGAAAGAAGAGAUGGCUGCAUCUGGAUUCUCCUAUACGUGGUCGAACCUUAUACACUGCUAUCAGUGCGGACUUGGAUUGAGGGAUUUACUGCCGUACGAAAACGUAGAUGUGCACCAUGCUCGCUACCGCCCUCGGUGUCCAGUCAUUGUGAGUCGAAUCGGUUUGGAUGCUAUCGACCAGAUCCGCCAGCUCCAGGAAAGCGCUUACGCAUCAAGCUACCGCGUUCGGGAUCUGUGGGACCGGGAAGGACCCAGCAAUGGUAAUAUAUGUUUCUGUUGCGACGACGACGCUUUACGACCCCCUAAAGUUAUGAAGACACCGGAAGAGCGCUUGUCUUCAUAUCCAACAGAGUGGAAAUCCCAUAUUGUCCACCCAGUGCGACUGGCUGCAGCAGGAUUUCAAUGGAACGGAGGGGACACGGCUGGGUGUGUUUACUGCGGACUGAUAGUAAGCAGCUGGAAAAAGGCGACGAUCCCGAAGAAGUUCACCGUACUCUAA